GAUUUAGUUAGGGGUCACACUGGUGGACUGUUUUGGAAUUUGUUUUUAUUUUCAAAACGCAAGAACAUGGCAGAAUGCACCAAUGUACAGGUGAAACUGGAGCAGCAAAACAUCAAGGAGCGCCUGAAUCUGCACGUCAAGCGUCGCCUGCAGCAGGACGCAGAUAAUCCCAUCGAGAGUCCCGAAUUGCUGCCCACUGAGGCAAAUGCCAAACGCAGCAAGGCGAAAGAUGCUCCAAAACCGAGAAAACCCUACCAAAAGCGCACAGAGAAACCGAAAGCAGAGGCGACUAAGAGCAAGAAAGUGGCGCCAUUGGGCAGUCCGGCGGGUGAAGUGGAGCCCUUGGAUGACCAGGAAACGGAAGGCUUUUCCCCGGAGGCGCCGGAUGGCAAAACCGCGAGACGGGAUUGCUGCAAAAACGCCGACAUUCUAAACGUGGUCCUGAACGCUAAGAAACGCAUUUUAAUGCAGGAUCCCGAGGUGCAGGCCUUCUGGACCGAAAUAACCAAUUGCAUCAAGGGCUGACAACUCAGCUGCGGUCAUUAAUUUUUUAAAAAGUAGGAUCGCCGUGCAGGAUUUCGUUCUUAGGUCGUUGUGUAGUAUAAAUAUCUUAUAUUAAGGCUCUUGUACAUUUAAAUAUCGAUGGGAAUGCCAAUAAAAUAAGUGUUAGUCCGGA